AUGGCAGAGAACAAAGUGUAUCGCGCGAGCACCACUGCUCCAGUCAACAUUGCUGUUGUCAAGUACUGGGGCAAGCGUGAUGCCAAGCUUAACCUGCCAACCAACUCCUCCCUCUCCGUCACCCUGUCGCAGUCCGACCUCCGCACCCUGACCACCGCCUCCUGCAGCGCUUCUUACCCCGCUGGCGAAGACUCCCUCCUCCUCAACGGCUCGCCUUCUGAUGUGACCGGUGCACGGACCCAGGCAUGCUUCCGUGCCCUCCGUUCCCGCCGCGCCGCGAUCGAGGCAGCUGACCCGUCCCUGCCGAAACUGUCUGCCAUGCCCCUCCGUCUCGUCUCCGAGAACAACUUCCCCACCGCCGCCGGUCUCGCUUCCUCUGCCGCCGGCUUUGCUGCCUUCGUUCGCGCCGUUGCCGACCUGUAUGAGCUCCCCGAUUCACCAGCUGAGCUCAGCCUGAUCGCCCGCCAGGGGUCCGGCUCCGCCUGCCGCAGCCUCUUCGGCGGGUAUGUGGCAUGGAGGAUGGGCUCUCUGGAGGACGGUUCUGACUCUCUGGCCGAUCUUGUUGCCGAGGCCUCACACUGGCCAGAGAUGCGCGCUCUGAUACUGGUCGUCUCGGCCGCCAAGAAGGGCGUCAGCUCGACCAGCGGCAUGCAGCAGACCGUCGCCACCUCGGGCCUCUUCAAGCAGCGCGUUGCCGAAGUAGUGCCCAAGAACAUGGAUCUGAUGGAGAAGGCCAUCAAGGACAAGGACUUUGCGCUGUUUGCCGAGGUGACGAUGCGUGACUCCAACUCGUUCCACGCGAGCUGCGCCGACACAUAUCCGCCCAUCUUUUACAUGAAUGAUGUGUCGAAGGCGGCUGUCAGGGCGGUCGAGAAGAUCAACGAGGCUGCCGGGCGGACCGUGGCAGCAUACACCUUUGAUGCAGGUCCCAACUGCGUGGUGUACUACCUCGAGAAGGACGAGGCUGCCGUGGUCGGGUCAUUCUACAAGGUGCUGGGAACGGAGGUGAGCGGCUGGAAGGCAAAUGCCGCUGGUCACUCGACGGACAUUGUCCUUGAAGAACCAGUCGCGGACACGCUCAAGACGGGCGUCUCGAGGGUCAUCAUGACUGGCGUCGGAGAGGGACCUCAGAAGACGGACGAAUACCUGGUCACGGAGAAUGGAGAGCUGGUCAAGCGGUGA